GUGUAUUUACGAGGCGCGGACGGAGUCGCUGGUCCUCCCUCCCUCACGCACACACACGCACGCACUCACACGAGCCCCGCGGUGAUCUCCACCUCCAAGGACGCGCCCCCUCCGAGAGAGAGAGAGAGAGAGAGCGCGAGAGAGACGCAGGGCAGAGGCGGGUGAGACAUGCAGGUAGUAAGUGAAGGUGGGGAGGGAAGCGCCGCCGCCGCCGCCGCCGCUGCUGCUGACCGUCGGAACAGCGCUGGCAGAAGGGCAUGCUGACGGACUGAUCCCUCUCCAGAGCAGGUGCGGACCCGCCGCCCAGACUUCUCCUCUCCUCCUCGGGCAACAGUGGCGGAUCGUCGCGGUGGGAGCUCCACCAACAAGAUGCUUAUUGUAAUCCGGAGCGUCUCCUUUGUGCGCCGUCUGUUGUGAAGCGAUGCCGGCUGAGCGGCGGGCACACGUGACUCCAUCACUCGGCUGAGAACUCGAGCGCUCGAAGAGGUGACCAUGGCUGACCAGUACAGUAUGUUUCUGACCACGGCGCCCCCCCUGCGGCGAGGAAGCACCCCGCUACCUGUCAAGCACCAGCUGAGGAGGGAAGAGGCCGUGUCAGACGACUGCGAUUGGAUCCCGGGCCUGGAGGAACCUGCCACUCUACCUAUCAGCGAGACCACGGUGCCUCGGGAUGAGUCCUUCGGCCAGUCAGCCACCGCACAGUCAUCGUACCAUGGAGGCGCUCUGAGGAUAGUGCUGCUGGGACAGAAUGGCGUGGGCAAGUCCUCGCUGGCUCUCUCUCUAGCCGGGCAGUCGGACAGAUCCCUCUCCAUAGACUCCGAGACUCAAGCAUGUGGUGAGGGCUACGAGUGCUCCGUGACGGUGGAUGAUGAGGACAGCAAAGUCAUUAUUUUCGACAACUGGAAACAGGACCUGUCCACCCUGCAGUGCGAUGUGUGCAUCCUGGUCUUCUCAGUGACUGACAGACGGAGCUUCCAUCGGACGGCUCAGCUCCGCCUCCUCCUCAGGGAGUCACAGCCUCAUACACCAAUCAUCCUGGUGGGCAACAAGAGUGACCUUGUCCGGUCCCGAGAGAUCAGCGCAGAGGAGGCCCAGUCCAGCGCCAUGAUGUUUGACUGCCACUACCUGGAGCUCUCGGCCUCUCUGGACCAUGGCACCAACGAACUGUUGGAGGCGGCGGUUCGAACAGCCAGGGGAGACUGCGUGGGUCCCGGCUGGACCGACGGCGACCCCGGGUCAGGGCGCAGGGAGAGCCUGACCAGCAGAGCCAAGCGCUUCCUCGCCGGCUUGGUACCACGCUCGUACGGUCGUGACCGGGACAGGGGCCGCUAUCGGGAGAUGAGCCGACACCGGGGCAGCAAGAUCCUUCGGCAGAAGUCGCGCUCAUGUCACGACCUCAGCUCACUGUGAGGUGCGCGACCACGCCGCGGCUCAGCAAGUCACGAGCCCACAGGUGAGCACGCACCAGAUGGAGGUGUGAAGCGGAAAAAACAGCGUGGAAGGGAUUUCAGAGCAGGUGUGAAAUGAAAAAUGCUACGAUUUAAAGCAAUAGUUUAAGAAGAGACGGAAACCUGCAGAGCGGAACUGACUCCCUGAACCUCUUUUGUCAAGGCCAGAAUGGACUCGCGUCACCCCAACUGGGUGUGAAUCAGAGAGACCCGAUGAAGGAGGGAGGUGAUGACGUCACUACUGAACACUUACGUAGCACACAUAAACAAUGUAGAGGCAGCAAUCUUUCGUGUAUCUCUUAGAGACUGUUUUAUAGCAUGUUUAAUAACCUGCAUCCUGACCCUUUAGCUCACCUGACCUCGCCGACGGACUGGUGUCAUCGCCACAAAGACCGAUCCCUUUACUCAACACAACAUCUUUUCUCCACUCCUUUUUGUGGUCAUGGACUUGACAAGUGUGGUAAACCUCUGUACCCGCCACUGGAUGCAUCCCAAGCAAUCCACAAGAAGAACCCUUUACUCAUUCUGACAAACUGAAUCAUGUGACGUUUCACAAACCACGGCGCGCCACCAAGCACUGAUCUACCUGAUAUCCUUCCCUUUAGAGGCCCCUCAGGCAUCAAGACUGCUUUGUGUCAGGACACAAGUGACCUGAAAUGGAACAUUCAAAAAAAAAAAAAAAACA